GCGGGCAAGAGGCAGUUGAGGACCAGUGCUGAGGAACGGCUGAGCUGGUCUGCAGAGUGCAGGAUGCGUGAGUGUAUCUCUAUCCACGUGGGGCAGGCAGGUGUCCAGAUCGGCAAUGCCUGCUGGGAACUGUACUGCCUUGAACAUGGCAUUCAACCUGACGGUCAGAUGCCAAGCGACAAAACGAUCGGUGGCGGGGAUGACUCCUUCAACACAUUCUUCAGUGAAACCGGAGCUGGCAAGCAUGUGCCCAGAGCAGUGUUUGUGGACCUGGAGCCCACUGUGGUCGAUGAAGUGCGCACUGGAACCUACAGGCAACUCUUCCACCCAGUGGGUAUCAACUACCAGCCCCCCACCGUGGUGCCUGGGGGAGACCUGGCCAAGGUGCAGAGGGCCGUGUGCAUGCUGAGCAACACCACUGCCAUCGCCGAGGCCUGGGCCCGCCUGGACCACAAGUUUGACCUCAUGUACGCCAAGCGGGCCUUCGUGCACUGGUACGUGGGAGAAGGCAUGGAGGAAGGGGAGUUCUCAGAGGCCCGGGAGGACCUGGCAGCGCUGGAGAAGGAUUAUGAAGAGGUGGGCGUGGAUUCCGUGGAGGCAGAGGCAGAAGAAGGGGAAGAAUACUGA